CAUUUCCUUCCAGGAAACAAAGAGUUUGUUCGCGGGUUGGAGUGGGGCGGCCUUUUUAUACAGCGGGAAAUGAAGCGGCCGCUUUGAGAGGAGCGCGUGGCUUUGGGGCUGGUGUGUUGGCUCACGUGAUAGCAGUGGUCUCACUGGCGCCUGUUGAUGAUGUCGCCGCGGUGCUCUAAGGAGGGAUUGGCCGAGGCCGGUCUCGGAGUGAUGCGUACGGCACCUUCCCUGAGCAAGGCGGAAGCGCACGGGAUACCGUGGGGCGGUGGCGGGAGAGGCGAGGUCGCGAUGAGUGGGCUUGGCCGGCUGUUCGGGAGGGGAAAGAAGGAGAAGGGGCCAACCCCUGAAGAGGCAAUACAGAAACUGAAGGAGACGGAGAAGAUAUUGAUCAAGAAACAGGAAUUUCUGGAGCAGAAGAUUGAACAGGAGCUACAAACCGCCAAGAAGCAUGGGACCAAGAAUAAGAGAGCUGCCCUACAGGCUUUGCGGAGGAAGAAAAGGUUGGAACAGCAGCUGGCACAAACCGACGGGACAUUAUCCACCCUGGAGUUUCAGCGUGAGGCCAUUGAGAAUGCCACCACCAAUGCAGAAGUGCUUCGUACCAUGGAGCUUGCUGCCCAAGGCUUGAAGAAGGCCUACCAGGACAUGGACAUUGACAAGGUGGAUGAACUAAUGGCUGACAUCACAGAACAACAGGAGGUGGCCCAGCAGAUCUCAGAUGCCAUUUCUCGGCCUGUGGGCUUUGGAGAUGACGUGGAUGAGGAUGAGCUGUUGGAGGAGCUAGAGGAGCUGGAGCAGGAGGAAUUGGCCCGAGAGUUGUUACACGUGGGUGACGAGGAGGAGGAGCCCCCGGUCGCACUGCCCAGUGUACCCGCUACACAUCCACCUGCAGAGCCAGCUCCCAAAGCGGAUGAAGAUGAAGCGGCACUAAAGCAGUUGGCUGAGUGGGUGUCCUGAUGAGUCUGGGCUUGUCAGCCUGACGUUGCCUUUGUUGCUCUCUUUUCCUUAAGUGCCAAAUGCUGAGCUAAAGGAAACAAGGCCUUGUUGGUAGGUCCUGCUGAGGGUGGUGGUGUGACCCUGCCUGAGAAAAGGGUCUGUGGCCCUCCCUUCCCUGGCUCAACUAUGAAGAAGGAUUGGUAUGGGAAGAGCCACUGGGCUCCCAUGGAUAGCGUUACAGUGCCCUCACUCCCAAUAAAACUGGGCGGAUGGAACCCUA